AUGCGCGAGUGUGGGACUCCUGACGUACCGUCAUUUAAGUCGUUACGUGCCCUGCAGACCAAGCUAACGCAAGACACUGGACCUAAGACAGAAAACCACACAUCGUCACUCGGAAACCACUUCUGCAUGAAUGAUCCCGCCGGUCUCUUUGCAAUGGAUUGGGCUAACCCCCUGGUGCGAAAACACAUGAAUCUAUAUCCAGAAGUUGCCAGGAAAGUGUCAGAAGCAUGGCAAGCAGGAAAAUGGACCGAGGAAACAGACCUAGACCUCCUGACACCCAUGUGGGCAGACAGUCAGGCCCCUCACCGCCAUUUCUAUGUUAAGGAGGUUGCACGUUUGCGAGAUGGGCGUCUUGUUAUACCUAUCCGCUGGAUCAAGCAGAACGGGUCCAUGUGUGCUGAUAUGGGGAUAACGAAUACAGAUUUUGAGAUGAUUAGCCGCGUUAAUGCAUCAGAAUUUGAAAGCAAUUACCUCGAUUUGACUGAGUCGGAGGAAGCCCUUGACUUUCAUUUCUCAGGUAGCUGGGCCCACGAGAUGCCGCAUCCCAUACGCAAGGUUGCAAGAGGUCGGGCAGCAUUCACGGUCUUUAUUACGCCAUGGAGCGACGACGUGUCGGGCAACGUAAGCAAACAAUUUAAUCCACAUGUAAACAUGUAUCUUGCGAAUAGUGGCCUGCCGCAUCAAAAGCUUGCCCAGGAGUUUUUCGUCCGCUUUUGUUCAACGUCCCCCCAUGCGUCAUCCUCCGAGCAGUUGGGUGCGCUGUCGGAGAAGAUGAAACCUGAUAUUUGGUACACUGCAUAUGAUUGUCUACUCGGAGAAGAAAUCAUCUUCCGGAUAUUGCCCUAUACUUACCCUGCCGACAAUCCUCAGCAAUCGGAGACAUGUUCACACAUCGGCAUGCAUGGGAAUCUCUUUUGCCGUCGAUGCAAAGUCGGAGGGAGUGCGGAAGAGAAGGAGACCUCCGAGGGAUACCAAGCACUGUUUAAGCCAGGAGUUCCAAGAUCGUGCACUGAGACAGCCGCGGUCGUGAAAAAUCAGCUAUGGACUGCGUGCUUGGGCGUCCAAGAAGCGGUGGAUACCAUUCAGACCCGGACAGGUGUAAAGGACAAGAUCGCGUCGUUCUGGAUAGACCAGUGUAUCACAAAAGCACGCAGUCUUCAAAGCGAACGACUUAGUAUUGAUGCACGGCUAAAGGACAAAUCAUUAAAGGGCGACGCACGGAAGCUUGUCAGAAAUGAGAUUAUCUGCAUUAUCCAGGGAGAUGUUUUUGAGUGGCUCCUGAGUCAACCACCAGAGCGAUAUAAUGUGCUACCAAUUGACUCUCCACUUCGGCACUGCUUGAGACCUGGCGAUCAUUAUAAUCCAGCCCUCGUAAUGCCUGGAGUGGACAUACACGAAGCGACACCGGUCGAGAUUCUCCAUACUUACUUACUUGGACAGGACAAAUACAUCUGGUAUGCUACUCACGGCGGCUGGGACGACAAGAAACAACAGCUAUUCACUCUCCGUCUCCAAUCAUCAGCUGUGGACGGCUUGGUUCUACCUCCGAUUCGGGCGAGAUAUAUGGUACAAUACAAGAAUGCGCUUGUCGGACGUCACUUCAAAGCAUUGCAGCAGCUCGCGAUAUUCCAUCUGCACGGUGAUCUAUGCUCUGAUCUCAUAUUCCAAUUGUGGUCGGCGACGGGAGACCUCGGCGCAUAUCUUUGGUACCACGAGAUCAGUGAUAUGGAUUCAUAUCUGGCUGACUUAUCAAUCCUAAUUGACAAUGUCCUGGACCUCUGGGCUCUGAUCGAUCCCACCCGUAUAAUACAGAAACCAAAGCUACAUGUCCUCCCCCAUAUCUUGGAAGAUAUUCGACGAUUCGGGCCAGCACUGCUUUUCGCGACGGAGAUCUUUGAAUGCUGGAAUGCCAUAUUCCGGUUAUGUAGUGUUCUCUCUAACCACCAGGCUCCCAGCCGCGACAUCGCUCUGACGCUGGCGGACAUGGAGCGCUUCAAGCAUCAGGUUAGUGGCGGCUGGUGGAGAACCGAGUCUGCUGAAUAUGUACAAGCGGGUGAAAAUGUACGCACGUUCCUCGAAGGGAAUUCACAGUUACAGAGGCGCCUCGGAUGGGUCAACAAGUCUUCCCUUUGCAUCGGCUCCGUGAAGAUGAUAGCAAGGCAUAAACGCUCAAGCAACGUGUGGCGCGAGGCCCUUGACCAGUCAGGAAUUCCGUACGUUCCCGAGCCCGGCAUUGGCGGACGAAUGUGGGAGCAAGGAGAGUACUGUAUAUCACGCUCACGAGAUAUCUGCCGCGGCGGGUCCUGGGUAUUUUACCGUAUCGCAGAUAGUCCUAACCAGGAGGUCACUUGCGGUCGCAUUUGCAAGAUUCUCGCUCCUGAGACACCGAAGACCAGCUGCGAUGCCGGUUUCACCCUUUUAGAGCGCUUUGCCAUAUCCAGCGUCGUUCAUCCGCGUCUCAAAAUGCCUAUCCUCACAAGACCCCCAAGCGGGCCGAAAACGGCUUCAGUCGCGUCUGAGUACUUUACUCCGGUUCCUUAUUCGGUCCCUAAACAUCUGCCCCAGGACAUUUUAUUCCUAUUCAAUGCACAACACGACUGCGCCGAAGGUGGGUGCGGUCCGACAGGUUUGCGCUCGGUGCAGCAAGAGCGCUGCCCGACGGACUUGCAGGAACGGUGCAUCGUACACAGGGACGAUGACCGAUUUAUCUUGAACAUGCACGCCAUCCACAAUGCCGCACUGAUUCGAGAGAUAUUACCUCGGCCACUGACAACCCCACGCCAUUAUCUUCAUCCAGACCGGCCUGCAAAGCUUGCCGAAAUCGCUGAGGGGUUGCGGAUAUCAGGACCUGCAAAACGUGCUGAAACCGCCGCAAAAGCAGCCGCAACGAGAGCUCGUAAUAAAAGGGCUAAGGAGGCACAGAAUCUCACUCAGGCUACUGUCGAAAUGGCGGCAGACUCCACUGCUGAUAGACAGACUUAG